AUGUUCCCUAAUGAAUAUAUUUAUUUCAAAUAUCGUAUUACAGCUUGUGCUUUGGGAACUUAUAAGGAUGUGGCAGGUGAAGGAGAAUGUCGAAUAUGUCCAGCACAUUCUCGAUCUCCAAAAAUUGGAAGUCCUAACUGCCAGUGUGACGAAGGUUAUUAUCGAGCAAUCAAUGAAACUAUACACGAUGGAUGCUCACAAUUAUUGUUAAUACUCAGUAGUGAGCCCAAUAAUUUUUCUUCAUCUACUACAGAACCACCAUCGAAACCAUCUAAUCUGGCAACUGUGGAGAUUGAACAAACAUCGGUGGUAAUUGAAUGGGAUGAACCAUUGAUAUUAGGCGGUCGAAAGGUGAUUUUAAUUAAUUGA